AUGGUGUUCGGCGAUGAGAUAGCGCGGAGUGCGCUGCGGCGGGUGGCGGUGGUGGCGUGGCUGCUGGUCGGCUCGGCGCCGCAGCGGCUCGAGCCAUGCGCCGGCAGCCCGCUGUGCUCCUGCCGCGCGCAGCACAUGUCCUGCAUUGCUGUGCCGCUGCAUAGGUUCCCAGAAUGGCCGCGGAUAGAAUUACACCACCUUGACAUAAGCAUGUCCAACUUAGAGGUUCUUUCGGAGAGCGCGCUUGACGGACUCCGGCUGCAAACACUAGUCUUAGUAGAUAACAAAUUGCACCACAUAGAACAAAACGCCUUGAGUUCAAUGGCAAACACGCUAGCGUCUUUGGACCUCGGCUUCAACGAAUUCACUGAUAUACCACAACAGGGCUUAAAGGAUCUCAAAGUUUUAAACUGGCUCAAUCUUCAGAACAACAACAUUGUUUACGUCGGGAGCGAUAUUAAGUGGCAUCAUCUCGAAGAUUCUCUCACAAGCCUCGUGCUGGCCAGUAAUCAAAUCACGCAGCUCCGAUCACAAGCCCUCACUUCAUUACACCAUCUCCUACAACUGGACUUAGAAGGAAACCACCUCAGAUCCAUAGCAUCUGACUCUUUACCUCCUUCAUUAACCUUCCUUAAGUUAUCCAAUAAUUUUUUACACGAAUUACCAUGUAAUUUACUAGUAAAUCUCCCAAGAUUACAAUCUAUACAUUUACGACACAAUUUCGUAUCGUUAGAUAAUAACUCGUGUCCCAACAACAGAAGUAAAAAGUUGGAGAAGAUAGACUUAAGUAACAAUAAAAUAAAUGAUUCCUCCGAGGUACUUUCGCGGCAGGAUCUCCAAGUAAGACAAAUUAUUUUAGAUGCGAACGAAUUAACUACGAUAAGAAGAUCACUUUUAGCGAGCAAUCGAAUCGAAAGAUUAUCUGUAUCGUACAACAAGCUUACCUCCGUCAGUCGGGAUCUAUUUUUGUCGUUGAAAAAUUCGCUAGAACAUCUGGAAUUGGAGCACAAUAUAUUGUUUCACUUGCCGGACAGCCUGGCUCAGGUCGCGCGGCUGCGGCAUUUAUCUUUAGCUUACAACCGUCUGGAGGACUCGCCCCAACUACCGACCCGUAUACAGACGCUCUCGCUGGCGGGCAACUUUCUUACUGUUAUACCGUCCGCGCUGCAAACGCUUGAGCCGGGAUCCAUUCGAUAUCUCGACUUGAGCUACAACAGAAUAUCAACUUUGCUCCCCAGCGAAUUUUACGACUGGUCCACCUCGCUGGGCACUAUUAACUUGAGGGGUAAUAGAAUUGCACAGAUAUACAACAAUGUUUUCCCGGCAAAUAUGCCCGUGAAGGAGAUAAAUCUGAGCUUUAACGACCUGUACUACGUGCACCCGCAAUCCUUCUCGAACGUGACCGGCUCGUUGCAUGUUUUGGAGUCGUCUUCGACGCUGUUCAGUGGUCACUUCCCCUUCGAAAUUGAGAAUGGUUUGGAGAAUUUGAGCUGGCUGUCGUUUGACAACAAUGAUUUUCAUAUACUCAAAUUGUCUGACAUGGCGGCCUUCCCGCAUCUGAAGUAUCUAAAUUUAGACUACAACAGGAUAGUGGACAUAGUUGUCGACAACGACAAUCGGAACGUGUCGCUGUCGCUAAGCAACAUAAGGAUGGCGUAUAAUUUUCUCAACUCGAUACAAAGCGGCACGUUUGCUCAUAUAACGGAGUUGCGGAACUUAGAUUUAUCUUACAACAGGAUCAGCAACUUAACUAAGCAUAGCUUCACCAACUUACCGAACUUGAGAUAUUUAUCUGCAGCGGGGAACAUAAUCGAUUUCAUGGAAGUUGAGACAUUCGCAAAUUUACCAAAAUUAGAAAUAUUAGAACUUCAAGGUAAUAAUCUAACAAGCUUGUCGUUGAGUUCGUUUUACAAUGUGUCCCAGGCGGACGUGACCUUUACGUUGAACGUGAGUAGAAAUAGUUUGAAGUACAUUGAAGUCGGGUCUCCUUUGGCCGUUAACAUAUUUGAUGGCUCCCACAAUUCCCUUACCGAAGUGCCAAGUAAUUUCUUUAUAGCAGUAGAAUCCACGAUACGGCAAAUAAUUUUGUCUUACAACAAGAUCACUCAGAUAUCUAACGAGGCGUUCGGGGACGCGACCUCCUUACAAAUAUUAGACGUACAUAAAAACAAUAUAAACCUCGUUAAGAGAAAAUCUUUUUUGAGUCUUUUAUCUUUGCAAAUUUUGGACUUGUCUUUUAAUACGAUAUCGCAACUAUCUGUGGAACAAUUCUACAAUUUAAACAAACUAAGGUAUUUGAAACUGGACCAUAACGUUCUGAGGCUACUUCCGAGAGACGUAUUCAAAAACACGAUCAUAGAACAUUUGGAUUUAGGGUACAACGACAUAUCUUUAUUCCCGGUCACGGCUCUCUCGCAAAUAGGUUUCACUCUGAGGUACCUAGAUUUGUCUAACAACCACAUAGAGUACCUAGACAGUAAUAUAUUCCGUAACACGCAGUUUCUAUCCAGUUUAAAUCUAGCUAGUAAUCUGUUGACAGUACUUCCGGAUAACACGUUUUCGAGUUUAGGCGGGCUGCGUAAGCUUGACCUCAGCUUUAACUUCAUAAAGGCUAACUACAAGGAGCUGUUUCAUAAUCUCCUCAACUUGAGGCAUUUGAAUCUCGCAAACGUAACGUUAAAGUCGGUGCCUUAUCUGUCCCUCACAAACUUAACUUAUCUCAAUUUAUCCUCAAAUUUCAUUAACAGUUUUAAAGAGACUGAUGUUAAGCGUUUGGUUAAUCUGCGCCAUUUAGAUUUAGGAAAUAACCGUCUCACCUCUCUCGUGCCAAAAAUGUGGGUUCCUUUGAACAAAUUAAACACGCUCGACAUUUCUCACAAUCCUAUUAUAAGAAUAACGCCAAAUAGUUUUAAAUGGUUAAGUAAUUUGUCUCAUUUGAAUUUAGUCGGUUUGAAAAAUGUAAAUAUAAUUGAUCAGGAUUCAUUCCGUCCCUUAAUCUCCCUGAGAUCGCUGCAUAUCCAGACAUGGUCAACUAUAAACCACUCGACAUUCCGCAUCGCCAACAUCACCUCAUCCUUACCUUCCUUGUACAAGCUAGUGAUACAAUGGACCGACGAGGUCAUGAACAAACAGUUGCACGGAAUAGACGCCACCAACAUCCGCUACUUGGAAAUCAGGGGCGUGAACCUGCAAAAAAUCCUGGACGACGCAUUCGAGCCCUUUCAGAGCAGUCAAGAGCUGUUCAUAAGGAUAACCGCAACGUCGCUAACGAGGCUGCCGACAGCGUUUAUGAAGCAUCUUGGGCGAGUGCCGCAGCUGGGAGUCGACAUCAGCUACAACAAACUGACGACGCUAAACCCUGCCAUAUUCUACCCCAACUUUACAAGCUGGAGCCAUGUUGCGACAAAAUUACUCGCAGGAGGGUUAAUCCUCACCGGGAACCCGCUACGCUGCGACUGCGAACUUGCCUGGCUCGGGGCGUGGCUCCGUCGAUGGCUGCAGGAAAACGAGCCUGGAGGCGAGCUGCAGCGCGCAGUCCACGGCGCCACCUGCCUCGACCAACACGGCAGGCCUGCCCAACUACUCCAACUGAGGACGGACGAGGCGGAGUGCCAUGCCAGCGCACUCUCCAGCGACGCUCAGCCCAACUACACCCAACUGUACACGAUAGCCGCCGCAGCCUGGAUCCUCCUGCUCAGAUGAUGUCCAGAGUAAUAGUAGACUUUUACACGAGUAGACGUGAUUUGUGCAUAGUUAAGUGACUUGGAGGUGAUAAUUUAAGUAGAUGUCUGUGAUUGUAACGUAAGCACGUGUUGGCAGCGGGUAAGUCCUUAAUUUGGACCUUAUUCUGUAUGACAAUAAACACGUUCAGCGACCGUGUCAUGUUAUCUUCGUGAAAUUUGGGUGGAAUGGUAUUCUGUAUGCCAAUUUCUAUUGUCUUAAACGUGACGCGGUGCGUUGAGUGCUUGUUGCGCAUUGUCAAAAUAACGUGUGGGAUAGAGAAUAAGGCUCCUGGAUAAUAUUGCGUACAAUUAGCCAAAACAGCCGAAGAAAUUCAAAAUUUCAAAUAGCUAUACAUGUUAAGUUUAAAUUUGGUAAGUAAAUUAAAUCCUUUUUUAUUAUUUUUGUGAAAUAAAUGGGAACAGCACAAAAUUGUAUACGUAUUUAAAGUUUUAAAUCUAGUUAGCUUAAGUGACUGUACGUUUGUAUACAAUUAAAAGUUUAUUUCCAUUAAACUAAGAAAUUCAUAUUGUUUCAGAGUCUUAAAACAUUUCUAAUUAGUAUUUUCAAUAAACGAUCCCAAUCUCAAUCUUUAAUCCGAUCCCAAGAAUGAACCAAUCAAAAUAACUCAUUUGUAAACAUGUCAAAAAUACUUUGUUCUGAUUGGUUCAUUUUGCGAUAGAUCGUAAAAGCGAUUGGAUUAUUGAAAAUGACGGUUAACGAUAAAACUGACAAAAUAAUGUUGACUAAAAAGUUUAUUAUACGAUUAAUUUUAUGCGCAUAUUAUUUUUAUAAUUACGUGAAAUUAGCUAUGAGAAGCGAAACAAAACCCACUAACUAAAGUACUAUCCCGCCAUUUGUACGUGAUGUUAUACUGCAUGCACCACACGCUAUAAUUUUCUUAAUCUAUGACAGAUUUACCGCUGUUGAGCUAUCGUGGUUCGCCGCGUCUGUGUGCAAAAGGCAUAAAGGGAGUUUCGCUACUCAUAGCGGCAAAAACGGUAGGCAUUUUGGCUGUACCUCUGGCGUUGUAACAUCCAUAGGCAAGGAUGCUGCUUACCAUCAUUGUGACCGCUUGCUCGUUUGCCUUCUUAGGCAUUAAAAAAAAGAUAUUAAAACAGGAUUUAGUCGAAAAAUUCAAAACUAAGGACUUACCAAAGCUUAUCAACACAAAUUUUAGUUCCGUAGGCCUAUAUAGGUUUCUCACUUGGAAAAUACGGUUUCCCCCCACCAAAAUGAUCUAUACGCCAUAUUUUUACUGUACCCGACGAUGCUGU